AUGGCAAGAGGAGGAGGAGCUCAGACUCGAAAUGCUUCCAGUUGUGACAACGAUUCUGGUAACAAUAAUCGUUUUUCCGCAUUAGAUCAAGCUACUCGAUAUGACGAUCCACGAAGCCCUUAUUAUCUAUCGCACAUAGACCAUCCUAGUGCCAUGCUCGUUGCAAAAGUUCUUACUGGAAGUGAGAACUAUGGAUCUUGGAAGAGAUCGAUGAUGGUGGCCUUAGCUGCAAGGAACAAAAUGAAGUUCGUUGAUGGUAGAUUGCCUAAACCAGAUGAGGAAGACGAAGACCACGAAUCUUGGUGCAGAUUUAACAAUUUUAUCAUUUCUUGGAUAUUGAAAGUUGUAUCCAGUGAAAUAGGAGACAACAUCAUGUACCAUGAUAAUGCUUCCACCAUCUGGUCUGAACUGCAAGAAAGAUUCAAUUAA